AUGGGGUAUGGCGGGUGGUGAUCAGGACGCUGGUAUGGGGUAUGGCGGUGAUCAGGAUGCUGGUAUGGGGUAUGGUGGUGAUCAGGACGCUGGUAUUAUGUAUGGAGGUGAUCAGGAUGCUGGUAUGAGGUAUGGCAGUGAUCGGGGCACUGGUAUGGUGUAUGGUGGUGAUCACAACGCUGGUAUGGAGUAUGGCUGUGAUCAGGGUGCUAGUAUUGUGUAUGGCGGUGAUCAGGGUGCUGGUAUUGUGUAUGGCAAUGAUCGGGGUGCUGGUAUGGGGUAUGGUGGUGAUCGGGUGUUGUUGAUA